GAGCUUCCAUCUCAACACAACACAAGAAAACCUCCAUCAGAGAGUGAAUCACAUACACUGUUCAAAACACGAAUUGGUUUUGUCUAAAAUAAAAUACAAUGGAUUUCUCCGGCAUGUUUCUCACUUUCUUCGCGACGGCUCUGUUUCUUUGUGUACUCCGGUUUAUAGUUUCAGCCGUCGGAUUCUGCCGUAGCUCCUCCUCGAAACUCCCACUUCCUCCGGGAACAAUGGGUUACCCUUACGUCGGCGAAACAUUUCAGCUUUACUCACAAGACCCAAAUGUCUUCUUCGCUUCAAAACAGAGAAGAUACGGAUCGGUGUUCAAGACUCAUGUACUGGGAUGUCCAUGUGUGAUGAUCUCAAGCCCUGAAGCAGCGAAAUUCGUACUGGUCACAAAAUCUCAUUUGUUUAAACCAACUUUUCCGGCGAGCAAAGAGAGGAUGCUUGGGAAACAAGCCAUCUUCUUCCACCAAGGAGACUAUCAUGCUAAACUCAGAAAGCUCGUUUUAAGAGCUUUCAUGCCUGAUUCAGUCAGAAACAUGGUCCCUAACAUUGAAUCAAUCGCUCAAGAAUCACUCAGUGCUUGCGAUGGAACUCAGCUCAACACUUACCAAGAAAUGAAAACAUACACUUUCAACGUGGCGUUACUCUCGAUACUCGGAAAAGACGAAAUCUUUUACAGAGAAGAUCUAAAACGAUGCUACUACAUUCUCGAGAAAGGCUACAACUCGAUGCCGAUUAAUCUCCCGGGAACGCUAUUCCACAAAGCCAUGAAAGCUCGCAAGGAACUAGCUCACAUCCUCGCAAAGAUCUUAACCAAGAGAAGACAGAACCCAUCAACGCACAAAGAUCUUCUCGGAUCAUUCAUGGAAGACAAAGAAGGAUUAAGCGACGAGCAAAUCGCAGACAACAUAAUCGGAGUUAUCUUCGCGGCAAGAGACACGACCGCGAGUGUGAUGACGUGGAUCCUUAAGUACUUAGCAGAUAAUCCAACUGUCCUCGAAGCUGUCACGGAAGAACAGAUGGCGAUAAGGAAAGGGAAGAAAGAAGGAGAGAGCCUCACUUGGGAAGAUACAAAGAAGAUGACACUAACUUCUAGAGUCGUCCAAGAGACAAUGAGAGUUGCUACAAUCUUAUCUUUCACAUUUAGAGAAGCUGUUGAAGAUGUUGAAUACGAAGGAUACUUGAUACCAAAAGGAUGGAAAGUACUGCCGCUAUUCAGAAACAUUCAUCACAAUGCUGAUUUCUUUUCUGAUCCCGGAAAAUUUGAUCCAUCCAGAUUCGAAGUUGCGCCAAAACCGAAUACAUUCAUGCCAUUUGGGAGUGGGAUCCAUUCAUGUCCGGGCAAUGAGUUAGCUAAACUUGAAAUCUCCAUUCUAAUCCAUCAUCUCACCACUAAAUACAGGUGGUCAAUUGUGGGACCAAGCGAUGGAAUUCAGUAUGGACCGUUCGCUCUUCCUCAGAAUGGAUUGCCUAUUGCCUUGGAACGAAAACCAGAGGCUGACGUAUGAACAAUUACGAGAGUACACCCAUUAGCUUUCUAAAACUAGAAAGUGAGGAAUUUAAAGAGAAUUUUUACUUCAUGGGCUAAAAAAACAAGAAUGUAGAAAUGAAAGAGAAUAAUUAGGAAAAAUCCCAAAUGGGACCCCCCAAGUGUACAUACAUUUUAGUUAUUUGUUAUUAUAAUUUUAGUUCAGGUUUAGUAAUUGCAGUGAAUUAAAUUUUGAGAUUUGUUUU